GGGUGGAGAUGGGACUCCUGAGGGAGUGUUGAGGUGUUUCAGCAGCGUGUUGGUUCAGAGCCUUUGAAGGCACUGAAGUUGAAGUUAGCGGCAGUUGAAACACACUCGUACAGCUCCGUAUGUGUGUUUCUCACCGCAUCUUUUCUCUCUUUUUCUUUUCAUGGACUUUACACCAAUCCACUAUGGGAGUACACCGGUUGUUGCCAUCCUGUCAAAGGAUUUUUAAAAGUUCCUGAAGUGUGAGGGGAGAGAAAAAAGACAGACACUCCUGGAAGAGUUGCCUAACUGGACCUGAGGUCUGAGGAUCGUCAUGGAGGUACCAAAGAUGGCAGCUUUCGGAACAACUCUCCUCACUUUAGCCUCUGUCUUUCUGCACGUGGCGAGAUGUCAGGGGAGUAUGGGAAAGGGAAAAGACAGCUUGCCACUGAGGUUCACACAUCAUCUUUACAAUGCCACCAUCAAUGAGAACUCUGCCCCGCGGACGUAUGCCGAGACGCCGGUGAAGAUGGGCAUUGAAGUGACAGAUCUGUUCUGGGAAAUCAAAUAUAACGUCAUCUCGGGUGAUGACGACGGCCUUUUCCAAGCAGAGGCGGUUAAAGUUGGGGAUUUCUGCUUCCUCAGGAUCAAAACACGCAGCAGUAACUCAGCACUCCUCAACAGGGAGGUCAGAGACUCCUACAUUCUCACUGUGGCUGCAAUCGAAAACACGUUUUCCUUCGAGGCGAAGACGAAGGUGUUUGUCCAGGUACUUGACACCAACGACCUAAAACCUCUUUUCUUUCCCGCCUCGUACAACGAGGCCAUCAGGGAGGACACCCCACUUAAGUCGAGUGUCGUGAGGGUUAGCGCUACAGAUGCUGACAUUGGGAGCAACGCUCAGUUUUAUUACUCUUUCACCAGCAGAGCUCAUCCUUUUGUCGUCGACCCUUUCACAGGCACAGUCAGCCUCGUCAGAAAGCUCAAUCACACCCGCCAUGAGAGGUACGACCUCACAGUUUUAGCAGAGGACAGGACAAAGAAGAUAUCUGGUGUUCAAAAAUUUGGUAAUGUCGCAAGGGUUACAAUAAACAUACAAAAGAUGCCCAUGGCUUCUCCAGUUAUCACACCUCCACCCAAACCCACAGUCUCCACAGACGGUAAAAUAACUAUCCAUGUCCAUGUGGAAGCAGGAGUUAAGCCUGUGGAAUCCCUUAAAAUUGUUGGAGGGGAUCCCCACAAGUGUUUUGAGAUAAUCCCCUUAGGUGUGCAGGGCACUGACUUCCAAGUGAUCUCUACAAAGAGGAUUAUCUGGUCUCAAACUCCUUUUGGGCUGAAUUUGUCCCUUCAAGCUAAAGACAGGAGCUUCCCAAGUUUACUCUCUCCAAUUACACAAAUCCACGUUCCGGCCUAUCAUUACAGCCCUUUGGCAUUUUUGGAGGACACCUACAUUGUCACACUGAGUGAGUUUUCCCCCCCUAAAACUUAUGUAGUCAAGGUUUCAGUUGCCUCAGUACCUUAUAAUGUCACCUUUAGUAUCAAAAAUAAUCCAGACAGCACUAAAUUCAAGAUAAACCCCAAAACGGGAAUUAUCAUAACAACGGAGAAAUUUGACUACGAGAGAAAGGAGCGAUACGAGUUCGAUGUAGUGGCCAAUCAUGGUGAUGCUGAGACUCACAUAGUGAUUGAGAUAACAGAUGAAAAUGACAACAGCCCACAGUUCAGCCACACCUCCUAUCAGGCCACACUGGAUGAAAACACCCCCGUUGGUAGCAGCGUUUUAAAAGUAGCUGCCAUGGAUCAAGAUAAAGGCAAAAGCGGCUUUGUGACUUAUGCUAUUGCAAACGCAGGCCCGUUACCUUUCAUAAUAGACCCUUUCACAGGUGUCAUCUCAACCUCCGAACACUUAGACUACGAGCUGAUGAAGCGGCGGUACCACUUGAGAGUUUGGGCCUCAGACAGCGGCAGCCCCUUCAGUCAGGUCAGCGAAUGCCCCGUGACCAUAACCCUCAACAACAUCAACGACAACGUCCCUCUGUUUGAGAGGGUGGGCUGCAACACCACUAUACCCCAAGAUUUACCUGUCGGGCACACAGUCGCUGAGCUGUCAGCCAUCGAUGUGGAUGAGCUGCAGCAGCUGAAGUAUGUCAUCGAGUCCGGAAACGAACUCCAAGUGUUUAGUAUUGACUCGUCAGGAGCCAUCACCCUUAAGCAACCGAUUCCCCUCCGAGCAAGUUCGUUCGAUUUGAGAGUGGUAGCCACAGAUGGUAAACAUUCGUCUGAACCUUCAAUUGUUAGAGUAACUGUCACAAACAGAGGCGAUGAAGCAACGCUCAACUGCCAGGAAACGGGCGUUUUCAAACAGCUCACAGAUAAACUGAUAGAGUCAAUCAAACCUGUUUUAACCAGUCAAGAAGAUGAAGCGUUCUCUGAUAUCCACAUCACCAACCGGCAUUCUCCAAAGUUUGACUUGAGCAUCCCGGGUUCAAUCGACCUGAUCGAGGACCAUCCGCUGAAUUCCACCAUCGUUCAGUUCAAGGCAACGGACGCUGACACGGGGUUUAACAGCAAGCUGGUGUACACCAUAUCAAGUGGAAAUGAAGAUGGCUGUUUCUCCAUUGACGUUUUCUCUGGUGACCUUCAGUUAGUUUGCCCGUUAGACAGAGAGAAUAAAGAGUUCUACAUUUUGAACAUCACUGUUUAUGAUUUGGGAAUACCGCAAACAUCGGCAUGGAAGUUUGUCGCAGUGAACGUCCUGGACGUCAACGACAAUCCUCCUGUUUUUGAUCAGCCCAGAUACGUGAUACACGUGCCUGAAAACACAGAGGUGGACUCUAUUAUUUUUACAGCUCGUGCACUAGACCCUGAUGUAGAUACAAGUGGUAGCGUCCAAUACUCCCUACUGACGUCUACAGACAUGUUCAGAAUUGAUGAAGGGACCGGUGAGGUGGUGGUGACGAGCCGUUUGGACCGAGAAACCUCUCCCAGGCACGACCUCCGGAUCCAAGCCAGAGAUCAAGCCAAACUGGGCCCCCAGUUGUUCUCCGUGAUCGACCUUGUGGUUGUUUUGCAAGACAUAAAUGACAACCCUCCCAAGUUUGUGCCCAAGGUUUACAAAAUAAAAGUCCCAGAGGAUGUCCCUGUGGGCACUCUGCUUGUCUGGGUUGAGAGCGUUGACUUGGAUCUUGGCAGUGGUGGCCUCGUCACCUACAACCUAAAGAAAACAGAGGGCGGGAUCUUUCACCUCGACUCCUCCACGGGCGCCCUGACCCUGGAAAGGGAGCUGGACUUUGAGAGGCGGCCCAUUUACAACCUCACAGUCCGGGCAGUGGAUCACGGCCUCCCCCGCUCCCUCUCCUCCUCCUGCUUUGUGGAGAUUCAAGUUCUUGAUGUCAACGAGAACCUCCACAGGCCUGUGUUUUCAGAGUUUGUGUAUGAAACCGGAGUCAUGGAAGAUGCAGCCGUGGGGACAUCAGUCGUCACACUGACAGCUUCAGACAAGGACAUGGGCAGAGAUGGAGUUGUUCGGUACCACAUCCAUGAAGGCUCUGGUCUCGGAGUGUUCACCAUUGAUGAGGAAUCAGGUGUGAUUCGUACGACAGAGAGGCUGGACCGCGAGAUGAUGCCACACUACUGGCUUUCUGUUUACGUCACUGACCUGGGGACCGAGCCUCUGAUCUCCUGGACUCACGUCUUCCUGGAGGUCCUGGACGUGAACGAUAACGCUCCAGAACUUUCUCAGCCGGUAUAUUUCGCAUCAGUCCUGGAGAACGUGGACAAGGUGAAGUCUGUCGUCCAGGUGUCAGCCACAGACCUGGACACUUCUUCUGAGGGGAAGCUGUCCUUCCAGAUGCUGGAAUCUCACCGGACAUACUUUGAUGUGGAUCCCAAGACAGGUGUUAUCAGCACUCUCUCAGCUUUGGACCGGGAGGAUAAACCAGAACACAGUAUCGAGGUAAUCGUCUCAGAUAAUGGGUCUCCGUCUCUGCGCUCCACCGCCACCGUGGUGAUUCGAGUUCUGGACGCUAAUGACAACCGACCGAAGUUCACAGACAAACUUUUCCACAUUAAGCUGCCCAACCAGCGGCAGCAGGCAGGCAGACAGGAAGUCUGCAGGAUGGUCGCACGGGACGACGAUGAGGGCUCGAACGCUGUGGUGACAUACAAGCUCCAAGACAACAAGGACGAGCGAUUCCAGAUCGACUCAGUGACCGGUGUGGUGACAUCACAUGGUGAUUUCUGGCCCGGAAACUACAGUAUUCUCACGAUUAAAGCCACAGACCAGGGCAGCCCGUCACGCUCGUCCACGGCGAGACUCGACAUCGAGUGGAUCACCCGCCCGCCGCCGUCCUCCGAGCCAAUCACGUUCGACGAGCCUCACUACACCUUUGCAGUCAUGGAGACGGAGCCCGUUACUCUCAUGGUGGGCAUCAUCAUGACGGAGACGAACCGGCAGAAGUGGUUUGAUAUCAUAGGUGGUGAUGAGGAAAAGGACUUUGACAUCCAAAGAAACACAGGAACCAUCACGAUUGCCCGCCGGCUCGAUGCGGCCCGACGCUCCAACUACAACAUGACGGUGCGAGUCACCGAUGGCCACCACAGCGCCACCACACAGGCCUACAUCCGUGUGCUGGACAUGAAUGAGCACCGGCCCGUCUUCCUGAAGCCGCUAUACGAGGUGAGGGUUCCUGAGGACACUUCGCCUUGGAAGGAUAUCCUGCAGAUCAGCGCGCAGGACGCCGACACCAACAGUAAGCUGGUGUACUCCAUCCACAGCAGCCUCCAUCCAGACAGCACCAAGUUCUUCCACCUGGACCCAAAGAGUGGAGUCCUGGUGAUGACGGAGGAGCUCGACUACGAGAUGAUCUCCGUUCAUACGCUCAUCGUUAUGGUGCGUGACCAGGAGAUCCCAGUGAAGAGGAACUUUGUGAAGGUGGUGGUUCAUGUGGAGGACUGUAAUGACCACUCACCUGACUUCCUGAGUCCCCGCUACGAGGUCAGCAUUUCCAACCUGGCCCCCGCGGGCUCCGAGGUCGUCCGGGUCAAGGCCCUGGACAAGGACAUGGGCAGCAACUCCGACAUCAGCUACUCUCUGAACUCCGGGAACAUCGACAACAUCUUCUCCAUAGACCCUGAGCUGGGCUCCAUCAGUGUGUCCAAACCUCUGGACCUUCAGCCUCAGGACCAGUUCCACCUGACGGUAAAGGCCACAGACCAGGGCUUCCCUCAGCGCAGCGACAUCUGCUCCGUCCACGUCUACGUCCGCAUCUCCGACCAAACCCCGCCCGCCUUCCCCUCGGACGAAUACCUCACAGAGAUCAGCGAAUUAAGCACCCUCGGAGCACCAGUGGUCACCAUCUUGGCCUCCAGCCCCGCUUCAGUGCAUUAUGGGAUAGAAAGUGGCAACACAAAUGGAACGUUUCAUAUCAACCCCUACACCGGGUUGAUUUCAGUCCAAAAGUAUCUUGAUUUUGAGAACUGUGCCUCCUACAAGCUCAAAGUCACAGCUUCCACCGCGGCCGGAGCCUCGUCCACCACGGUCGUUUUCAUCUACGUGAUUGACGAGAACGACAACGCUCCUGUUUUUCAGCGGCUGGAGUACCUGGGGCAAAUAAGUGAGGCAGCACACAUCAACAGCAUGGUUAUGGGAGAAAGAAACACCCCUCUGGUCAUUCAGGGUUCAGAUGCAGACAAAGAUUCAAAUUCUCUACUUGUUUAUGAGAUCCUCGAACCGGAAGCUCUGGACAUCUUCAAGAUAGACUCUAGCAUGGGCACCAUCACUUUAAUUUCACCGGUUGACUUUGAAUCGAAGGCCGAGUAUCACUUCACGGUUCAGGUAAAGGACUCGGGGGAGCCAUCGCUGUAUGCAAUAGAACCCACCAAGGUCACCAUUCGUGUCCUGGACCUGAAUGACUGCCCGCCACAAUUCAGCACCCCUGUGUACGAGCCAUCCAUCAUCUUCCCUGCUGUCAGGGAUACAGAGGUUGUGCGUGUGAUGGCUCAUGACGCAGACUCUGCAGUCUCAUACAGCAUCACCGAGGGGAAUCUUCACAAUGCCUUUUCAAUUGAUCCCAAUACCGGAGUCAUCACCGUGAGCAAUGUGUCAGAUUUCAGGUCAUUUUAUCAACUGGCUGUCAAAGCCUCUGACGGCCUCUACAAAGACUCGGCUACCGUCAAAGUGAACAUCACAAACCUGACAGCCAGCGAUCUUGGGUUUGAGCAGCAAGUUUAUUCAGCAAGCGUUACAGAAAACUUAAAAACAGUCAAGAGUUUGGUGGCACUUAAAGUGACAGGUUGCUUUUUAAAUGAGCCUCUUUUGUUUUCUGUUGUUAACCCAGUGGGGAAGUUUGUGAUUUCCCAAACUUCAGGCAUUCUUGAAACAACAGGAAUCCCUUUUGACCGAGAGGAACAAGAUGUUUAUGACGUUGUGGUGAAGGUAGAAGACAUGAGAACACUGCAGAGGACAGCUACCACCCAGAUCAAGGUUUUCAUAGAUGAUGUCAAUGACAACGCUCCACAGUUUCUGAACUUGCCCUUUUCAAUGAUGAUUUCUGAAACCUCUGAACCAGGAGAUGUUUUAUAUCAAGCAACCGCUAUUGAUCGAGAUCUGGGAGAGAACGGGUCCAUCUUGUACUCACUGGAGGAGGACUACGACCUCUUCAGGAUUGACCCUGACGUCGGCGAUGUGUCCCUUCAAAGACCUCUUGACUUUGAAGCUCUGAAUAAGUAUGCAUUGACAGUCCUGGCUACAGAUGAAGGCCAGCCCAGUCACACCGCCGCGGCUCAGCUCAGUAUUCAAGUGAGGAAUCAAACCAACCCAGUUUUCCAGACCCUUCUGUAUCCGCUGAAAGUCCCCGAGAAUGUCCCCCCAUUCACCACAAUCCUGCAUGUCCAGGCCCGGAAUCCUGAGGGUUAUCGGCUCAUCUACAACCUUGAAGAAGAAAAUGCCUCGCAGCACUUUCACAUUGAUUUUAAAACCGGUGUGUUGACCAUCACCAACCCCCUCGACUAUGAGAGCCAAACAAUGCACGUGUUGACAGUUCGUGCGACUGACUCUGUGACUGGAGCUUUCUCUCAGGCCUCCAUUGAAAUAGAAGUUGAGGAUGUGAAUGAUAACGCUCCAGUUUUCUCAAAGCUAACGUACACUGUGAUAAUCGAUGAGGGACUCCCGAUCGAUACUUCUGUGUUACAACUUUCUGCUUCUGAUAGGGACUCUGGCAGAAAUAAAGAUCUUACCUUCCAGAUAGUAAAAACAGAGAAGAACGAGACAGACUUCUUUGAGAUUGAUCCUCAUAGUGGGUUGAUUGUCUUAAAACAGGUGCUGGACCAUGAAAAAACUAAACACUUCAAUUUGAAAGUUAAAGCUACAGACAAUGGCACUGUUCCUCUUAGCAGUGAAGUUCUCGUCUUCAUAAAUGUCACAGACGUCAAUGACAACCCACCAGACUUUGUCAGCUCCCAGUACGACGCCACCCUGGAUGAAAUGGCAAGGUGCGGCCACAUAGUCAUCAAAAUCCAAGCCUCAGAUCCAGACACGGGCGACCUGAACAACCUCAAGUACAAAAUCCUCUCAGGGAACGAAGGCCGCUACUUCAACAUCAACGAAUCCUCAGGAAUCAUCUCUUUUUCUAACGUGUGUAAGAGGAAUCUGGAUCCAUACUAUAACCUGACGGUGGCGGUGUCUGAUGGAGUGUUUCAGAAGACGGCGCCAGUCAAUAUCGACAUGAUAAACAGCAACAGGCACAGUCCGCACUUCAAGCAGAGCAUCUACGAAGCAGAGCUGGCAGAAAACGCAGAGGCAGGAACUCGGGUGAUCCGAUUGGCGGCCAUUGACCCGGAUGACGGGCCAUACGGCAGCGUCGACUACACCAUCAUAAACAAGCUCGCAGAUGAGAAAUUCUCCAUUGGCGCUGACGGGCAGAUUGUUACGACACAACCACUGGACAGAGAAAAUCCCACCCAGAGAGUCAUCGCUAUCAAAGUGAUGGCUAAAGAUGGCGGCGGGAAAGUGGCCUUUUGCACGGUGAAGAUUAUUCUGACAGAUGAGAACGACAACGUUCCUCAAUUCAAAGCGUCACAGUACCAGGUGUCAAUUCAGUCGACUGUAAAUAAAGGCUCCCCUGUCAUUCAAAUCCUGGCUUACGAUGCAGAUGACGGCAACAAUGCAGAUGUCACCUACACAGUCGAGGAAGCAGAAGAGGUAGCAGAAGACAUUAUUGAGAUCAACCCUUUCACCGGGAUCGUGAGUGUCAAAGAGAGUCUUGUCGGCAUGGAGAACAAGAUCUUCAACUUCAAAGUGAAAGCUCGUGACGGCAGCCUCCCUUUCUACAACUCCACCGUCCCCGUUCAGCUCAAAGUCGUUCCUCCUGAGGUUCCACUCCCAAAGUUCUCAGAGCCGCUCUACACCUUCUCUGCCGCAGAGGACGUCCCCAUCGGGACGGAGGUCGGCUCGGUGAGGGCGGACUCCGACAUGCCGCUAAUUUACAGCCUGGUGAACGGGAACACAGUGGAAAGCAACAAGGACAAAGUUUUCAGUCUGGACAAAGAAAGCGGGACUUUGCUGCUGCAAAAGACGAUUGAUCACGAAAAGACGAAAUGGUAUCAGAUAGACGUGAUCGCUCAGGGGAACCACAACGGGACGGAUGUUGCAUCGCUGGUGUCGGUCAGCAUCCAAGUCCAAGACGUGAACGAUAACCAGCCGGUGUUUGAUGCAAACCCAUACAGAGCCUUCCUGGCUGAGAACAUGCCUACUGGAACCACUGUUAUUCAGGUGACCGCCAACGACCCGGACACAGAGACCAACGGUCUGGUGACCUACAGCCUGGAGUCUCUGCCUGACGACACCACGGGGGACAUCACCGAAGUCUUCUCCAUCGACGGGGACACCGGCUGGAUCACCACCAUGCGGGAGGCGGACUGCGAGGCCACCAGGGUGUACAGGUUCAACGUGCUCGCCACGGACCACGGCGGCGACAUCAAGCUCUCCUCCAGCGUCCUGGUGGAGGUGACUGUGACAGACGAGAACGACAACCCGCCCAAGUUCUCCGAUGACGUGUACCGCGGCUCGAUUGUGGAGAACAGCAGCCCCGGCGAGGUCAUCGUCUCAAUGACGACCACGGAUGCAGACGUGUCGCUGGAGAACCGCCUCGUGACGUGUUACAUCACAGACGGGGAUCCUUUGGGCCAGUUCGCCAUCAUCCAGGAGGACGAGGGCGAGUGGGGUUUGAUCGUGAAGGAAGCUCUGGACAGAGAGACCAAAGACAGAUACACGCUCAGAGUCAUGGCCACCGACGGGAAGUUUGAGGCUCCGGUUGUUGUGGAAGUGCACGUUCUGGACAUCAACGACAACAGUCCGAUGUGUGAACAGCUGGUGUACACAGAGGCGCUGAUGGAGAACUCGCCCCUCAAUAUGUUCGUGCUGAAGGUUUCAGCCUCAGACCCGGACGUGGGAGCUAAUGGCCAGGUCUCCUACACCCUGCACGGUCCCAGCGCAGACAAGUUCCAUCUCGACCACAGAACAGGCGAGCUGUUCACUUUCUACAUGUUGGACCGCGAGAAGGAGGUCGAGUACAACCUGGUGGCGAAGGCGACUGACGGCGGCGGGCGCUCGUGUCAGGCCGACAUCCGGCUGAUGAUCCAGGACAUGAACGACAACCCACCUCACUUCUCGUCCAGCCACUACGAGGUCACCGUGUUCGACAACACGACCGUCCGGACUCCUGUCGCCGUCAUAUACGCCAAGGACCCGGACACAGGUAUAAACUCUGAGGUGAAGUACUCCCUCCUGGCGGGCGACAGCGGCUACUUCUCCCUGGACGAGUUUUCGGGGAUCCUGCGUCUGGAGCGGCCCCUGACCCCCGACACCCCGCCCACCUUUGAGCUGAAGGUGAAGGCCACCGACCGCGGCCUGCCUCGCCACCUCUACUCUGUCGCCACUGUGACUGUGGACGUGGUCUCCCUGGAUGACUACCAGCCCGUCUUCCUGAACUCGGAGUACACCGCUCAGCUCCCAGAAUCCUUAGCGGUCGGGUCGGAGGUGCUGAGUGUCUCCGCCCUGACGCGAGACGACAGAGGGCCGGAUCCCAUCUACCGUAUCGUGUCCGGCAACGAGGACGGACGCUUCCUGCUGGACAAACGAUCAGGCCUGCUGACCCUUAUCGCCCCGCUUGACUUUGAAGUUUCCCGGGAGUACUACCUAUCUGUGGAGGGAACGCGGGGCAAGCCGUCCCUCAGUGACAUCACCACGGUCAUCAUCAACGUGACGGACCUAAACGACAACCCGCCGGUGUUCGGACGAGGCGACUACAGCACAGAGAUAACAGAGGAUCUAACGCCGGGGAGCCUGGUGAUGCAGGUAACAGCCACUGAUCAGGACGGUCCCAUCAACAAUCUGCUGCGUUACUCCAUAGUGAGCGGAGACCCUCUGCAGCAGUUCUCUAUUCACCCUCGAAGUGGAGAAAUCUCUGUCCGUACAUCGCUGGACAGAGAGGAAAUCCCUCAUUACUCUCUGACGGUGCAGGCAGCAGAUGAAGGUGACCCCCCUCUGUCCUCGGCCGUCCUCAUCACCAUCACUGUCACUGAUGUCAACGACAACCCGCCCGUCUUCUCCCAGGUCAACCACAGUCUGCUGCUGCAGGAGGGCGAGGCGGUCGGCAGCAGCAUCCUGCAGCUGGUGGUGACGGACAAAGACACGCCCAGGAACGGCCCGCCGUUCUCCAUCCACAUCGUCAGCGGGAACGAGGACCGACGCUUCCAAGUGGACCAGGGCGGCCUGCUGUCGCUCUCUGCUCCCCUCAGGAAGAAGGUCAAACCGCAUCACCAGCUCAAGAUCCAGGUGACGGACAGCGGCCACCCUCCUCUCUCCUCCAUCUGUGUGGUGAACAUCAAUGUCACUGAGCAGAGCAAGUACCCUCCCUCUGUGGUGCCUUUGGAGGUCUUCAUCACCACUUCUGGCGGGCUGUUUGCCAACCGGGUCAUCGGCAGGCUCCACGCCUCAGACCAGGACCUGCAGGACGUCUUGACCUACAAGCUGGUGUCAGAAAACCCAGACGGAGGACGCUUCUCCGUCGACCUGGCGGACGGCAAAAUCUGGGCAGAUGAGAAUCUUAAAGAGGGCUCCUACUCACUCAACGUCAGCGUGACCGAUGGCAAGUUCAGCGUCACGGCCGGGGUCAGAGUUCACGUGUGGGCGGCCGACCAGCGGGUCCUGGACUCCGGCCUGACGUUGCAGCUGGAUGGUCUGUCACCGGAGGAGUUUCUGGGGGACCACUGGAGGGGCCUGCAGCGCAGCCUGGGACAGGCUCUGGGUUUACCUAGACAGGAGCUCCAACUGGCCGGCCUGCAGCAGCUACCUGACGCCCAGGUCCUCGAGGCCUUGCUGGUCUGGAGGCCUCAAAGUGGACUUGUCCAGUCUCUGCCCACAAACAGACUCGCGGGUAUUAUAUCGGACAUCGAGGACUCUCUGGGCCUCAGCAUCCGCAGAGUGAGCCACAACGGGUGUCUGGGUACCGGCUGCCCGCCGCGAGGCUGCAGGAACGCCGUCCGACUGACAGCAGAAAGACUGAGCCAUUUCACCACCGCCAGAGCCGGUUACAUCACCCCACUGCACACCUGGGAGAGCGUCUGCCCCUGUAACGAGUCCGCAGUGAGGUUCGAUGGUAAAUCUUACCUGAAGUACCUUCACGGGAUGGAUGAGGACAACCAGGACUUCAAACUGUCACUGAGAUUCAAAACGGUCCAGGAGCAUGGCCUCAUCGCAUACGCCAACAGCACCAACGACCAGGGGACUUUACAGCUAACUGAUGGAGGGCUGCGCUUCAGGUACAGCUGUGGAAACACCUCCCCUGGCUCCUUACUGAUCAGAUCUGAUCCCGUAUCAGACGGCAGGUGGCACAGCGUUGUGCUGGAGGUCAACUCCAGCUCCCUGAGACUGACCCUGGACCAGCAGCAUCCAGCCCACGUCGCUCUGAGCGAGCCGUGCCGUAUGAUGCGCUCCCAUGGUGCUUUGCUCUUCGCUGCGUUCACUCAGGACAUUCGCCCGCAUCCACAUAAUUUUAUCGGCUGCCUAGAGGGCCUGGAGCUCAACGGGGAGCCAAUCAGAGUGGGUGACACGGCAGAAUGGGCGGGGCCGGGCAGCAGGAAGGUGUUCGGGGUGUACCAGUGCUGUGGCAGGGCGGGACCUUGCGACAACAACCCCUGUCAGAACGAAGGAGUCUGCGAGGAGGAUGACAGUGGGGAGCCGCGCUGCAGGUGUGCAGGACUCUUCCACGGCGCCCGCUGCGAGCUGGCCAACAACCCGUGCGCCUCCCAACCAUGUGCCCAUGGCAGGGUGUGUGUGCCAAAGGCUCAAGGUUACAUGUGCAACUGUUCGCUGGACGACACUGAAGCACGGUGCCACAAUCACAUCGAAGUCUGCUCGCCCAAUCCGUGUCCUGGAGGUUUUGAUUGUAAAGUCACAGACGGUUCCAUCCACUGCGACCCACUACCUCAGGUAUCUCCAAUGAUCGGCUACAUGGAAAUCAUGGAGAUCAGUGUCAGCGUGCUUGGAUUACUCUUCUUGGUCGGCAUCUUUGUUUGCAUCAGGAAACGUUACGUUCAGCAGAAGAAGAAAAAGCCUGUUUGUGUCCAGGACUCCAAUGGCUACUUCCAGCCCAGUCUGGCCAAGAGCCUCAAAGAAGACAACCCGGAGGUCACCCCCAUCGAGAUGAGCUCAAUGAUCGGUACCACCAACGACCUCGACCACACGCCGUUCAGGUCGCUUCGCCCACGCAGCCAGAUCAUCUCGUCAGGAAGCGUGGUUCCAAAGACACAGGGGCCUGUGGUGUGCAGCGUUGCCCCAAACCUCCCCGCCAGGCCGCCGUCCAGCUCCGACAACGACUCCAUCCGGAAGAACCACUGGGACAUGGACUACGAAGUCUAUCCGGCGGACCCUGACUAUUACGGCCGCCCAGCAGUCCAGGAGUUCCCCCAGUUUGACAUCGUAGAGGACACCUACUCCACCUCCACCAUGGAAUCGCGAAGAAACUCCCGAUUCGGCGGCUUCCCAUUCCCGCUGGACCGCUGCGACCGCCGCGCUCCUCUCCCCCCCUGCUACAGCAACCAGAACCUGGAUGACUUCCUGGGUCCCGACGGGCUUCCUCUUCCCAGCUCUCAGUGCCCCAACGAGUACACGGCCAUCAGCUAUUACCCCACCCAGCACACCCGCAGCCUGGACAACGUCUCGGGAGGCUACAAGAGACUCAGCAUGCGUCUGAGCGUGGCGAUGCCAUCCUACGCUGAGCAGGCGAGCCCGCCGCCAGCGCCCAACACUGCCCAGCCUCAGACGAGACCGGCCGGGCAGAACCCGCGCAGCUACGAUGGGUUGAGCAUGGUGGAGAGCGAUUAUGGGAGCUGUGAGGAGGUGAUGUUUUAAGCUCCAACACUACAUCCAUUUUUUGUGGCAGAAAGGAAAGUGAUUAUUCAACCCAAACAGUGCACUCUGUUCUCCAUCCUAAGGCAGCUUUGUUGUGUACAAGCACACCUCUCACAUGAAACUAAUGAACAGCAGCUCGGCAGUCUCUCACCAUGAGAUCUGACUCUUUCUUUCACGGAUGAAAGCGCUGUGUGGAAUAAUGGUUCAGAUGUCUUUCGUUUGUUUGACUUUUUUUUAAAGCGGUGAAGUCUUGCUGUGCCAGACCAGACGGGGGUAAAUCAGUCGUCCUCGGUUACCUCGGUGGAAAAAGUUCAGCAGAAGUUCAUCCUUUUGUCAAAGAGACGCCGCCGAGAGAACUCGUUAACUUGUUAGAGUUGUGAAAUCGUGAACAGUAUUACUGACUUGAGGACCUGUGGACCAUUUCAAAGUUUAAAAAAACAGGAAAAAAAUCUGACUCUCAGCAGAAGAUUUUGCUUUAGAAACGUCCAAACAGCUGCAUAGCAAACGACAUCUCCUGCAUUUCACUUCUCAGACAUUUGUCACACAAGCCAACCACUCAGAAAACAUCAAUUUCCGCUCUGGCAAAUAUUGAUAAUGGUAUGUAUACCAUGCAUUGUAAGAUGUGAUUGAAUGUGAGACAGCAGACGUGAGGUAAACACCGUUUCCAUGACAGUGAUCAGCGUGACAUUCAGAAAACAAUAUUCAUUCAGAAAAUGUUUUUCUGAUGGUCCUGAUAAAAAGCUUUGAUGAAAACUGUCGCAUUGUGUGAAAUGGAGGCCGUGUUUAUCAUAUCUACAUUCUAUGGCGUGUGUUUGUUGUUUUUAUCGUAAAAGAACUGCGAGAAUGUUAGAAAAACACACAGGUUUAGUGUGUGUAUAAUGUCAGCCUGGUGUUUCAAAUCUAAAGGUAUUAAAAAUGACACUGAGCACAUUUCAUGCAGGAUAAACAUUUCAGUGAACUCUUUAAUCUGCUUACUGUUGCUGUUGUUUAUUGUUGCUGUCUGUUACAAUGAAGGGGGCUGGAUCCUCAAGAAAAAAAAGCAUAAACACCAGUGACAAAGUGACUUAGUUAGUUGUGAAGUAGAUGUAUUUUAACUUUAAGUGUUACUAGAAUCAACGUUGUUUCUGUUGCAUCUUAGCGUGAACUAGGUUACAGUAUUUCCUUUUGGAGAAGUUAGUGUUCGUGAUCAAGUUCAACUCUGCCCUCAGUGAUAAAGGGAACACUUAAUUUGGAGUAGUUAAAGAAGAGCGGUGGAGAAAUGUCUAUGCAGCCAUUUUAAAUGGUGUAAAUAUGCGAGCCUCAGAUGAAAGAAACGCUUGUUUUGGUCAAGAGCUUGUUGUGCAUUAUGCAACAUUUUAAAAGUGAAUGUGUUAUACUGAAUAGAGUCCAUGUUUAGCCCACACAGCAUUUUCUACAAUGGACUGUUUAACAGUUAAGAGCCAAAAUAUACAUAGUUAUAAAUUCAGACAAUCAUCACUUACUUUAUAUAAACUUUAAGGCAACAACCAACACUGAUUAAGCUGGAGUUAGCAAUUGUUUGGCAUUUAUGCAUGAACAAUUUGUUGCCAAUCAAUUUUCUGUAUGACUAUUUAUUUGAGCUCUUUUUAAACAUCUCUAAGUCUAUUAAAGUGAUAGAUAAUGAUAAAUGUCAAUGACAACUUGCUUAGAAUACCUUAUUAAAAAUUUAGAAGGUAUUUAAAUAUAUAAUGAGAAAAAACAUACAUUUCAGGUCUAAAAGAUUUAAGGACUUCUCAGUUUUCUAAUUAUCUAAAGACACUAAAAGAAAUCUACUGCACAAACACACAGUCCAGCAGUCUUUGUGCUGUUUAGGUACAACAUGCCACAUGCAUUAUGCAUAAGAUGUCACAGCAAGCGCAGUGAAAACAGAUGUUUUAAUUAGUCCACUCAGCAGUCAAGUCUUUACAUUCAUGCAUGAAGCUCAAAUCACAUUAUUUCAUAUCUUCCAUCGCUGAAACAACCAUUGUGUGCAAGCUAUUAUACAGUCCAAACAAAACAAAACCUUGAUCAGCUUGUUUGUGAAUUCCAGAGCAUAUAAAGAUCAGAUCUGAUCGACAAAUCAGCUGUUUGGACAGUUUGUGUUUUGGCUGAACGUGUACACAGAGUUUUCUGUUGCUGCUGCCUCCAUGUAAACGUGUUGAGGAUGCAGAUGAUGCGUGUAAAAUCAAAGCAGCUGAGCUUUUCUUUGAGGCUGGAGAUAAAAAAAAAAACAAGACACAAGGGCAGUGCCUGUGCUGGAAGAAGGCAUUUGUUGUAGCAUGUAGGUGUUACCAGACUCCAGGGUGAUUCAAACAGACUGCAGAGAAAAAUGUCUCAAUCUUUCUUAAUGUCCUAACUGUCAAAUCUCUCCCAUCUGGCACCAUAAUGGGCUAAAUCAAAGCACACUCUGGAAUUAUUAAUACAUAUUUAGUCACUGCUGUUUUUACUGCAGUCGUGCUGAGCUGCUGCUGAGCUUUUGGCACUGGAGUUUAACGGAUUUCAGCAAAUGAUCUGUUCUCAGUUUGUUUAUCUGAUGCACACAGAUCUUUCCUGUAAGCUCAUGAAGCAUAUUUUGUUACAACAAAGACAGAGUCAGGGAAGACACAAUAAGCACCUAAUUAUCCAACCAGAGGAUCCUGGAAAUUCAAAAAAUUUGGUUCAACAUUAGUUUCAUCUGAAGUUAAGUGAGCUGUAGCUUGUGAUGUAUUUAGUAAAGUUUGUACGAUUACUGAGUUAAUUAAAAAGCCUUUCAGCAUGUUUGUAUCACAGCGAGCAAGCUAUUCACCAGUUUUUUUAGCUUCUAAAUGAGGACAAGACUGUUGAGAUCUAACAGUUGAUCAGCUCAUAUUCACGGAGAGAGAAACCAAUUACUUUCUAAUUCCACAUAUACAACAUGUGCUUAAGUAAGCUAAAAAAAACAAAAAAAAACAUCACAGACAUAUAAAUUGAUUUUGAUCUUCUUAUCUAACUCUCGCCAAGUGCAAACAAGCAAUUAUUUAAUUAUUUUCCUUUGAAUGACCGUGUCUUAAAUUUUAAAUUCAUCCUCAAAAUUUAAGAGAAAUGACAGAUUACGAGAAUCUCAUUUUGCUAAACCGGAGACAACUUCAAAGUUUGGAUUUUGUGAAAAAAAGCUCAAAGUAAUUAAUAUUAAAAACUAUUAAUCAGUCUCGCAGUGAGCAGUGUUGAGCCACUGACAAUGACAGCAAUCUACAAAUUAUUGUCAAGAAGAACAAAGUAGACGGAUUAGCAUUUUUGCCUGAGAUAAGCCUUUUGAAUUUAAUAUCCUGGAUGAAUAAUAUGAGCCUUAAUGAGUACAGAAUCAAACUUCCUUGCACUUUUCUAUCCUCGAUUUCAGAGUGAAUUCAUACUACGUUUGUUGUGUCGCUCCCAGUAUUGUAAGGCAAUUGAGUUCACAAAAAUUAAAACAAAAAUUGAAAAUCUGAUAUAAAAAAUUUGUCCUUACCAUGCUGUUAGACUUGCCUAAAUAUACACACUAACCAAUAUUUUGAUUUGAGUAACAAGAUACAUUUCUGCUGUUCAUUCUUUGUGCUCGGUCAGUGUCAUGUCUCCGUCUCUAUCCAACAGUCUAACUGUUGGAGGCUCUGGGUUAAUGUAUGUGUCUAUCACUGGUGGUUAAACUGUGACUACUGUCUUGGAAAGAACAUUUCUUUAGUUUAUAUUGUACAUGUAUUGUGUUGUACAUUCAGUGUGUAUCUGUGUUGCUGUUGUAGGUUGUUUUUUGUGCAGAAUAUGACUUCACUUGAAUGUACGUUUUACUUGUUUUCAUUCAUAAAGUUUAUUUUUUUAUUAAUAUGGGCCUCCCCAUGUUUUGCCCUGUGGUUUCUCUAUGAGAGAUUUUAUUAAGAUGCCGUCUAUCUGUUUUGUUUUUCAAUAUUGUAAAGAGAAUAUGAAUAAAGAUAAUAUCUUCUAUGAACAGCGAUUAUCAGGA